GUUUUGCUUGUGAUUUGUGGUUUGUGAAAAAGAAAAAAUAAAAAGUUAAAUCAAUUGAAUAUUCAAAGAAAUUUAAUAAAAUCUAUGAUUGUUUGUGUUCAAAACAAUUUAGAAUCAAUUGUGUUAAUUGAAAAAUCCAUUAAAAACUUGGAAAUAUGCAAUAAAGUGUUAAUAAAUAAAUCUGUGUUUAUGGGCUAACGCCCCCAAUGCUGCUGCCGCCACUAAACGACCAAGAAGAAGAUGUUUGGAAAGUAUAGAAAACUCUUCUGAAAAGAAAGCAAAAGAAAAAAAAGCAACGAAAAAUCUAUUUGGUGGUGGUGCUGCAUCAAUGUCCGUUUUCCUUGGAAUAUUUAGUGUUUAAUUAAAAAAUAAAUAGUUAAAAAAUGUGCAAUAUUGUGAAUAGAUACAAAAAAACACAACAACAAUGUUUUCGCAGUUUCCUACUUUUCUUUGAUUGUUGGAAAAUAUUACGGAUGCCACAGAAUGUUUGGCAUCCCUUAGACGCAAUUAGUAAAAUUUAAAUAGUUCACAGCCUUGUCGAUGUGAAAAUAUAAUAAUAAAAAACAUAAAAUAGUUGUAACAAAAAUAAUAAUAAUAUUAGUGAAAGACAAGAAGAAACAUAAUCAAACCAAUGACAGGCUCCUGUCGCAUUUGCAGCAGUGACAAAUAGUUGUUAACCCCUCAAAAUCGUGUUAAUGUGCACUCGUCCCACCUUCACUGGCACCUCCUCACCGCCACCCUACUACCACUACAACUACUUCUACUAUUACUCCUCCAAAAUAUAUUACGACUGACUCCUCAACUCCUACUACAGCAAUUACGAUUCUACACUCUACCUUUUUAAUACUACACAAAUACAUACACACUCACUUAAUUUAGAACAACUGUACAACAACAACAAAACCAAAAAAAAGAAAAAUACGUAAAAAAUAACAACAAAAGUGUAGAAAAAAAUUAAAACAAAAUAAUUCAAAUAAAAUUUUAAAAAAAGUAAAGAAAAUGCAAGCUAAAAAACGUUACAUACUUGUGUUUGUAUCCUGCGCAUUUCUUGCGUACUGCUAUUUUGGUGGAUACCGGCUGAAAAAUGCAGCUCAUCGUCGUCGCGGUUCUUCAUCAUCGCCUUCUGUUGAAGGUGACAGCGAGUCCCUGGAUCAUUUGCCCAGUUUCCUUUCAAUCGAGGCUGCAAAUGAUUACCUACAAUCUAUAGAUCCUGCGGUGGCAGAAACAGUGGGUAAAUCACGAAUGGGCGCUGAAAAUUCGGCUGUCUCCGGUGUACAAGCGCCUGCCAAUGGAAUGGUAAAAUCAUUGUCAUCAUCAUUGCCACGUUCCUGCCGAAUGGAGACAUGUUUCGAUUUCAGCAAAUGCUACAAUGAGUUUCUCAUUUAUGUCUAUCCACCAGAGCCACUGAAUUCACUGGGCGCUGCUCCGCCCAUAUCACCCAACUAUCAAAAGAUCAUUACCGCCAUACAAGAGUCACGCUAUUAUACGCCAGAUCCGGAACGUGCUUGUCUGUUCGUGCUAGGCAUCGAUACUUUGGAUCGCGAUUCGUUAUCUGAGGAUUACGUGCGUAAUGUACCGUCUCGUUUGGCCCGCCUACCUCAUUGGAACAAUGGUCGCAAUCACGUCAUAUUCAAUUUGUACUCGGGCACUUGGCCCGACUAUGUUGAACAUUCGCUGGGAUUUGAUACUGGCGAAGCGAUUUUAGCGAAAGCCAGCAUGAGUGUACAACACAUGCGACCAGGUUUCGACAUAAGCAUUCCAUUGUUUCACAAGCAAUUUCCGUUACGUGCCGGCUCUACAGGUCUGGCAUCGUCCAUGCAUUUUCCCUCAAACAAAAAGUAUCUACUGGCCUUUAAAGGCAAAAGGUACGUGCAUGGCAUUGGCUCUGAGACACGUAAUUCUCUAUUCCAUUUGCAUAAUGGUCGUGAUAUUAUUUUGGUCACAACAUGUCGUCAUGGUAAAAGUUGGCGAGAGUUACAGGAUGCUCGAUGUGAUGAGGAUAAUCGAGAAUAUGACAGAUAUGACUAUGAAUCGUUAUUGCUUAAUUCAACAUUCUGUUUAGUACCUCGGGGGAGACGUUUGGGCUCUUUCAGAUUCCUUGAAGCUAUACAAGCUGGAUGCAUUCCUGUAUUGUUAUCCAAUGAUUGGGUAUUACCUUUUGAAUCGAAAAUCGAUUGGAAACAAGCGGCUGUCUGGGCCGAUGAAAGACUGUUACUACAGGUUCCUGAAGUAGUUCGUUCUAUAACUGAAGAACGAAUCUUCUCCUUACGCCAACAAACACAAGUGCUCUGGGAACGAUAUUUCGGUUCCAUUGAAAAAAUCGUUUUCACAACAUUCGAGAUUAUACGAGAACGUUUGCCGGAUUAUCCAGAGCGAAAUAGUAUAGUUUGGAAUACAGCUCCAGGUGCUUUGCUUACUCUUCCAACAUUUGGUGAUAGUUCGAGAUUUAUGCCCUUCUUAUUGGAUGAUAUGAAUUUGAGAACCAGAGACAAUUAUACAGCCGUGAUAUAUGUUCAAAUAGGUGCACCCUUAGGUCCUAACAAUGCACUUUAUAAACUAGUCAAAACGAUAACAAAGAGUCAAUUUGUAGAUAGAAUUAUUGUUUUAUGGGCGGCUGACCGCCCGAUUCCAUCAAAAAAACGUUGGCCUCCAACAUACCAUAUACCAUUCCAUGUAAUAUCACUUGGCAGCUCAUAUCAAACAAAAUCGGUUGUAGCUGCUGCUGCUGUUUCUGCUGCUAGAGGAGAUGCAGUUAAAGUAGGAGACGAUGGUGCCUUAAAUGGUCGUUCAGCUUCCCAACACAAUAAUAAUAAUAAUAUUAAAAAUAAUAAUAAUAACAAUAAUGUUAAUAAUAAUAAUAAUGCACAUAAUUCACCUGAUGGCGAUACGCCAAACGACAACGACGCUGAAACGGCCAAUGAACGUCCCAGCAUAUCCCAACGAUUUUAUCCUUAUGACGAAAUACAAACUGAUGCCGUACUUUCACUGGAUGAAGAUGCCAUUCUAAAUACGGAUGAAUUGGAUUUUGCCUACACAGUGUGGCGUGAUUUUCCCGAUCGCAUUGUUGGCUAUCCUGCUCGUGCUCAUUUCUGGGAUGAUUCCAAGAAUGCUUGGGGUUACACAUCAAAAUGGACGAAUUACUAUUCCAUUGUUUUAACUGGCGCAGCUUUUUAUCAUCGCUACUACAAUUAUUUAUACACAAACUGGUUGUCGCUAUUACUUCUGAAGACUGUGCAGCAAUCUUCCAAUUGUGAAGACAUCCUAAUGAACUUUCUUGUAUCGCAUGUUACACGAAAGGCCCCCAUUAAAGUAACACAGCGCAAAGGUUACAAGGAUCGUGAAACCGGUCGUUCUCCCUGGAAUGAUCCUGAUCAUUUUAUACAACGUCAAAGUUGUUUAAAUACUUUUGCAGCCGUUUUCGGCUACAUGCCACUUGUACGUUCCAAUAUGCGUUUAGAUCCUAUUUUAUAUCGCGAUCCUGUAUCAAAUUUGCGUAAAAAAUAUCGACAAAUCGAAUUGGUCGGCAGCUAGCGUUCCAUAAAUAACAGCUUAUAAAUCUUCUAUAUAAAUAAUAUCCAAAUCCAAGAUACGUUAAAUAAUUGAGUAAUAAUAAGUUUAUUGAAUAAUGUUAGUUAAAAUAUUAAAUAUUUUAUUAGUUUUCUAAGCAUAAAACAAUAACAACAACAAACAAAAUUAAAACACAAAUAAUAAUAAUUAUAAUAAUAAAAUAAUGAUGAUAAUUAAGCAAAGCGCGUCAUAAUGAAAUAAAGGUGCCGUAGUAAAUAUUAAGAGGAAAACCCUAAAAACCAGCAACAAAUUAUAUAGAGAAAAUAAAGACAAAAACGCUUAAGAGAUUCAUUAUUAAAUGCCAUAUCUUAAAAGAAUUAAAACAAAUAAAUUAAUUAUUAAAAAACAAAAAA